CACCGAGCACCCCUCUCCAGGGGGGCGGUGCAGAGGGGGCGCAGAGAGCCCCUCGACCGCGGCCAGCCGCCCCGCCAKCAUGGCAGAAGCUGAGGAAGAUUGUCAUUCUGAUACUGUCAGAGCAGGAGAUGAUGAAGAAAAUGAAAGUCCUGCUGAAACAGAUCUGCAGGCACAACUCCAGAUGUUCCGUGCUCAGUGGAUGUUUGAACUUGCCCCAGGUGUAGGCUCUAGCAGUUUAGAAACUCGACCUUGCAAAGCAACAAGAGGCUCUUUACUGAAAGCAGCAGCAGAUACCAAAGGAAAACAAGAACUGGCAAAAGAAGAAAAGGCUCGAGAACUCUUCCUAAAAGCAGUAGAAGAAGAACAAAAUGGAGCUCUCUAUGAAGCCAUCAAGUUUUAUCGUAGGGCUAUGCAACUUGUACCUGAUAUAGAGUUCAAGAUUACUUAUACCCGGUCUCCAGAUGGUGAUGGCGUUGGAAACAGCUACAUUGAAGAUAAUGAUGAUGACAGCAAGAUGGCAGAUCUCUUGUCCUACUUCCAGCAGCAGCUCACAUUUCAGGAGUCUGUGCUCAAACUGUGUCAGCCUGAGCUUGAGAGCAGUCAGACUCACAUAUCAGUGCUGCCAAUGGAAGUCCUGAUGUACAUCUUCCGAUGGGURGUGUCCAGUGACUUGGACCUCAGAUCAUUAGAGCAGUUGUCUCUAGUGUGCAGAGGAUUCUAUAUCUGUGCCAGAGACCCUGAAAUAUGGCGUCUGGCCUGCCUGAAAGUGUGGGGCAGAAGCUGUAUUAAACUUGUUCCUUACUCAUCAUGGAGAGAGAUGUUUUUAGAACGGCCUCGUGUUCGAUUUGAUGGCGUGUAUAUCAGUAAAACUACAUAUAUUCGUCAAGGGGAACAGUCUCUUGAUGGUUUCUAUAGAGCCUGGCACCAAGUGGAAUAUUACAGGUACAACUGUAGUAAACUGAGUGAGUGGAAAAUUCUCUCUCCAAGUAUUAGCUCAAUAGUUAUUUGSUCUGUUCUUUGUCACAUUUGGUUUAUCCACAAAAGCCUCUUGAAACCACUUGACUACAAAUAUAGAUAUUUUCGUCGUGUUCCUGUACAAGAAGCAGAUCACAGUUUUCAUGUGGGGCUACAGCUGUGUUCCAGUGGCCACCAGAGGUUCAACAAACUCAUCUGGAUCCAUCAUUCUUGUCACAUUACCUACAAAUCAACUGGUGAGACUGCAGUCAGUGCUUUUGAGAUUGACAAGAUGUACACCCCCUUGUUCUUUGCCAGAGUAAGGAGCUAUACUGCUUUCUCAGAAAGACCACUGUAGAGCCUCAAGUCCAGUCCCAUCACUGUUGCAUGAAUAAAAGUAUAUAGUGCAAAAGAGCACCUAAGUUAUAAAUGUACAUAUAUAUAUAUAUAUGGAAUUGGAACUUAUUUUAAAUUGUUGGAAUUCUUUUAAGAAGAGUAUAAAUUGAUUAUUUUUUUUAUUUAAAGGGAUAGUUGAUUCUUGGGGUGUUUUGUUUUGAAAUUAUAAGUUGUUUGAGCAAAUUUAUGUUAUGAACAACCAUAAUAGAGGUUUUAAUCAUGUCCUUUUUCAAGCAAAUUUCCAUCACAUAAAUUGUCUUCUUCCUGAUCAUUUUAAUAUCUAAUUGAAUCAGGAGAGAGCUUUACCGAAUAAGUAUUUUAUUUCCUGCAUGACAUAGUAUCUUUGCACUAAGGCUCAAAGUGUGAAAACUUGUUCUGGAUUUGUUUGAAACUGUUGAACCAAUAAAGAUCAUAAAUGUUUCUUUCAAGGAAAUA